AACUGGCGACUUUUAUGGAAUUUACUCUUUUUUUUCCUUGUAUUUUCUCCUCUUAUCUGCACAGUCGCCGCUUGACCUAACAGUCAAUUCCACGGACGACGGGAAAUUUCAUCUUCCUCCUCUUAACUCUUAAGACGACGGUACGGUAUAUUGCCGGGGAGCUGCCGAAGGAGUAGCCGUAGAUUCAUGGCGAAGACCAGGCAUCAAAAGUCGAAACCUAGCAACAACAAGCAAACCAAAAUCAAAAAACAUGGAAAGCCGGUCGAUAUAUCUGAAUUUCGUGCUCAGCUCGACGCCUUGGGCUUAAAAAUUGUUCAAGUGACAUCAGAUGGUAAUUGUUUCUUCAGAGCUGUAGCUGAUCAGUUGGAAGGCGAUGAGGAUGAGCAUGCGAAAUAUCGGAGUAUGGUUGUGCAAUACAUCAGGAGGAAUCGUGAGACGUUUGAGCCCUUUAUUGAAGACGACGUUCCGUUUGUUGAGUAUUGUGAAUCCAUGGAAAAGGAUGGGACUUGGGCAGGCCACAUGGAACUACAAGCUGCUUCUCUUGUUACUCACAGUAACAUAUGCAUUCACCGACACAUGUCGCCUCGAUGGUACAUACAAAAUUUUGACAACCAUGAAGCUCAGAUGAUCCAUCUUUCUUAUCAUGAUGGAGAGCAUUAUAAUAGUGUUAGAUUGAAAGAAGACACCUGCAAUGGACCAGCGAGGCCUAUAAACAUUAAGGCCGAUGCUGAUAUUUCAGCAAAAUACCCCAGUCAAACUGUAAAGGUUUCCACCAAAGCUGUCGGGAAUGUGGUGCAGUCACGGUCUGUUAAAAUGGUUAUGUCCGGAAGUGGGUGUGAAGACGCGGUUAAAGUGGAACAGGUUCUACAGCAAGUAGGUGGUGAUGUGGAUGCUGCAAUUGAAUUUCUUGUAUUAGAACAACAAUCUGAAAUCCAAUAUUCUACAAACAAUGAAUCUGCACGUUUAGCUAACUCUUCUCAUGGGACAUUUCUUAUAAAGAAGCUCAUCACCUAGGAGACCCCUUCUCAAACCUGAUCCAGGAAGCCAUAUGACUGCCAGUUGAUGUUCCCACCAAUGCAUCCUUCUCAGCUGGCUAUUGCUGGAAUUCUUAGUCGUCUGCUGCUGACCUUGAAGAAGACACCCCAUUUAAGUUUGUCACCAAACUCUCUGACCUUUUUCUAGCUUAUUUUCGUUUUCUUACUCUAACACAUGUUGCUCUUCCUUAAUACUGCAUAUUUGAUCAAUCCAACAAGGUUGGGUGCUCUUCGCUCCAGUGCUAAAAAGGGAAAGGGCGUGAUUCAAGAUGAAGUCCUCCUUUUCAAGAAGUUACAAACAAGCAUCACCAGAUCCUGACAGACUCAUCAUCAUCUGAGGUGGGUGCCAUGGAGAUCACUUUCUCCCCUUGUUCUCUUGUUCUAUGGCAAGUUUGGCAAGAGCAGAUCAAGUAGGUAUGCCGAGUCAGUUGUAAGUCU